ACAUCCCCCUUUUCAGGAUAGUUCAUAUAUUUUACAAAUGAGAAAACAAUAAUCACAAGUCAUCUGGCUACUUUUUACCGGUGCUUUCGGGAAAAAGAUUUCAGAGGAACAUUUAAAGACAGGUAAAUAUGUUGAAACGAAGUUACAAAGUAACUCCUCAUACAAAAUCGGCAGAGGAACUCGGACAAACAGCGAGUGAGUUCAAUCAACAGUCGAAUAAAGCAUUCUUUGGAGACACUGUAGCGUCUGGUGAGGGCAAACUACAAACAGAUGUCAAGAAACGUUCACAUAAAAAGGACGAAGCAGAUCUGAACGAUGCCAAAUCAGUCAUUCAUAAUAAGACAGACGCAGACAGCGCUGUGGAUCUGAAAGAAGCCGAGCCAGAUAUUGCAGUAUACCGACGACGCUGGUAUAUUUUGGCGGUGUAUUCACUCGUCACAUUCACCCAGGCCGCACUGUGGAACACUUGGGGCCCAAUAGCGGUGUCCUGUCAAAAGGUCUUCGGCUGGAAUGACACCAUCCUGGCGCUCCUACCUAACUGGGGCCCAAUAGGAUUCCUGUUGUCCGAAUGGAUGUUUUCCUGGAGUAUGGACGUACAUGGAAUACGUUUGUGUUGUGUCGUUACUGCGGCGAUGACAGCUGUUGCAUCAGCUAUAAGAUGCAUUACGUCAGAACCUCCAUACAUCACGUGGACGGCAAACAUAUCGGCCUUCUUGAACGGAUUGGGUGGCCCUGUGGCAAUGGGAGUGCCACCUGUUUUGUCCGCCGCGUGGUUCCCGCCAAAUCAACGGACCACAUCUACUGCCAUAGCAACGCUCUUUAACUACGCUGGGGUGGCUGCUGCAUUCCUCAUUGGACCCUUAUUUGAAAACAAUGACAAAGCGAACACGACGUAUACCGGAUCCUUAUUGCAAAAUGAGAGCGUUUCGAUGACAACCAAUUCCAGUUUGAUGUACAAUCAAGAAGAAGCAGCAGACAUCGACCGGAUACGAAAUAAGAUUAUGGUAGUUAUGUACGCCGAAUGCGGUUGGUGUAUAAUGGUAUUAAUACUGAUAUUAGCGUACUUUCCCUCAAAACCCCCGAUGCCUCCAAGUAAAACGGCAUCACAGGAACGUUUGGACAUGAAAUCUGGAUUCAAGAAACUGAUGAGGAACAAGAUGUUUCUACAACUUUGUUUUGCGUAUGGAAUACCCGUUGGUAUAGUAGGACUAUGGGGCGGUGUCUUGACCGUAAAUCUCAAGUCAUAUGACGUGUCAGAGGCACAGGCUGGUUGGAUCGGUUUUAACUCCAUCGUUGCCGGAUGUUUAGGCUCUCUUCUUAUAGCGAGGAUCUCGGAUAGGUUUUCCAAACACAUCAGACAGAUGAUAAUAUUUCUAUAUUCUUUGGCGUUCGCGAGUUUUCUGUGGCUUAAUCUAACUUUGGUUGGAGUCAUUCCUAGUUCAAUAGCCCAGAUAUACAUCUCUAUCGUAGCUGGGACCUUCUUUGUGAAUGCCUGUGUGCCUUUGUUGAUUGAAAUGGCCUGUGAGAAUACCUACCCUGUAGCAGAAGGAAUAACCACUAUCAUGAUGCUGACAUCUCUAAACGUCUCGGGGCUACUGUUUCUUGGUGUACAGAUGAUACCAAACAUAGGGACAGCGUGGGAGAACUGGGGUGUUCUGACUUCAAUUGUUGUGUGUAUACCAGUGUUGAUUUUAAUGAAUGACAGCUAUAAUAGACUAAAUAUUGAUGAAACUGUAUCAGACAAAACAAUUGAGUUAACUUUGAAGAAUUAAAAUAUCUUUAAUAAUUAAAUAUUUAUGUAUUCAAACCGUGACUCAAACCGGAAAUCAGAUUGUAAUGAUAAUUAGAAUAUAGUACGGACAAGAAUAUCCGGAAGUUUUUUUUUAUAUCAAAAAUAUGAAAUUAUAUAUAUUUGUUAA